AUGGAGGUUCACAUUCUUCUUUUCACGGGUUUCCUGCUGAGAAUCUGUCAGUCUCAAGGAUCUGAAGAUAAAUUUGUGAGACUUGGAGAAGACUUACUUCUGGAUUUGAAGACAUCUGUUAAACUCAGCGAAAGCUAUGGUUUCUUGUGGAAAUUUAAAAACCAUCAACUCGAGAGAGAAGUUAAAGUAGCAAAGGUUACUCAUGAUAAUAAACCAUUUAUAUUUGGCAAGUUUAAGGAAAAUUCAGAGAUUUUACAGAACUACUCACUUCUGUUGAGGAAAGUGAAACACAGUAACACUGGAACCUACACUGGACUUGUGAGUGGAGAAGAGGACGACGCUGUUGCUGUUUACAACAUUAUAGUCCAAGAUGUUGUGUCUCCCGUCCAGCUGGAGGUGAACUCUGUAUCAAGCAGCUCACACUCCUGUAACGUCACUCUGACCUGCAGCACGGCCGACUCUCACAUCAGCAGCACUUUCAGAUGCGACAGUCAAAAAUGUGAUCAGGAUGGAGGGAAUCAGUCAAAGAUCAUAAACUCCAGUUCCACUCUGCAAGUCUACUUGUCGGACGUUACAGUGAUCUGUAAACACAGAAACCAGGUCAGCUCGACUGAGGACAGGACGGAUAUUCAACAUGUCUGCCCCCAGCUGACUGGUUCACACAGCGUCUCUGACGGCAUUUCCUUCUGCCGGGUGAAGAUAGUGGUGUUCUCUGCUGGUCUCUUCCUCAUGGUGUCUGCUCUCAUCAGUGUGCAUCUCUUUCUCAAACUCAAGAAGCAAAAAUAAGCAUUUUCUUUGCCUUUCAGUUGUGCAUACAGCUUUAAUUAACAAUCAAUACUGCUGCAGUGGAAGGACACAGAAUUGAUGAAAGGGCCGCUAUAGUAAUGCUUCUUUUUCAGGAAAUAUGACUUUGAUAUAAAUUUUGUUUUACAAAUGCUUAAUGAACAAGGAAACAUCUUUGUGAGUAGCGCUCUUUCUAAUACUGAUCAUUCUUGUACUUUCCCUGAUGUCUCAGAGUGUUGACUAAACAGAUGAAAAAAUGCUCAAAGAAUUUGCUCUUGGAGGAACUAAAAUUCAGAGUCAUAUUUCCAUUAUUUGUCUCACAGCAGGGAAAUUUACAGACUGACAGCAGUUAAAAGGACGAUAUAAAGUGAAUGGAAAAAAUGCUAAACAGAAAAUAAGAUCAGAACAUGAUAAAAAUAUGGAAUAUAUAAAUAGAGUUUAUCGGUCGAAUCCUCCUCUCCAGUACCCUGGAGUAGACUUUCUCAGGGAGGCUGAGGAGUAUGAUCCCCCGAUAGUUGGAACACAUCCUCCAGUCCCCCUUUUGAAACAGGGGAACCACCACCCCGGUCUGCCAAUCCAGAGGUACUGUCCCCGACCGCCACGCGAUGUUACAGAGAAGUGUCAACCAAGA